GCAACUGAAAGUGAAAGUAUUUGAUACGGAAGAGCAAAACAUAACAACAUUAUCAAACAUCCAAAUGGCAUCUGCAAGAGCAGCACCAGCCUUUUGUCGUGGUACCCACACUAUGGAGGUUCCAAUGGAAUUAUUUAAACAGAAUAGAGAAAGAUUAUGUGAGAGACUAAGAAAGAAUAGUAAAGUACCGAAAGGAGCCAUUGUUUUAUUGCAAGGUGGAGAGGCAGAGACUCGUUAUUGCUCUGAUAACGAGCCAUUGUUUAGACAGGAAUCGUAUUUUCAUUGGACAUUUGGUGUAGAGGAACCUGAUUUUUAUGGUGCUAUAGAGGUAGACAGUGGAAAAACUAUUCUAUUUCCACCUAAAUUACCUGACUCCUAUGCUGUAUGGAUGGGAAGAUUAUUAACAGCUGAAGAUUUUCGUGUAAGAUAUGGUGUGGAUGAAGUCUGUUUUUCAAAUGAGAUAUUGAGUGUGUUGAAGUCAAAGAAGCCUUCUUCUCUUCUCACCUUGUAUGGUUUGAAUUCUGACAGUGAUAAAUACAGUAGACCUGCUGCCUUUGAUGGUAUUAGUUAUUUUACUGUAAAUAAAGAAUUGUUGCAUCCAGAAAUUUCAGAAUGUAUUCAGUCAGAUUUAGAACUACAAGUAUUAAGAUAUGUUAAUAAGAUCAGCAGUGAGGCUCAUAAAGUGGUAAGUAUGAUAUUGUUUUAUUUUAUAUUCUUCAGUUUGUUUGGUCAUUAUUGUUAUUCAAACGGAGGUUCCAGAAAAAUGUCUUAUACUUGUAUCUGUGGCAGUGGAGAUAAUGGUUCUGUAUUACAUUAUGGACACGCUGGAGCACCUAAUGCUAAACAAAUACAAGAUGGUGAUAUGUGUUUAUUUGAUAUGGGAGGUGAAUACUAUUGUUAUACGUCUGAUAUAACCUGUUCAUUCCCAGCUAAUGGUAAAUUUACCCAGAAACAGAAAGGCAUAUAUGAAGCUGUAUUAAAAGCUAGUCAAGCUGUUAUCAAUGCUGCUAAACCAGGAGUUUCCUGGGUAGAUAUGCAUAAACUAGCCGAGAGAAGUGAACUGGAAGCAUUAAAAGAGAUAGGAAUAGUUAAUGGAGAUAUAGAAGAAAUGAUGGCAGUUAGAUUAGGGGCUGUGUUUAUGCCUCAUGGACUUGGACAUUUUAUGGGGGUAGAUACACAUGAUGUUGGUGGCUAUCCAGAGGGUGUCCAAAGACCUGAAGGUGCUGGAUUAAGAUCAUUAAGAACUGCCAGGACUUUAGAAAAAAGAAUGGUGAUAACUGUGGAACCAGGCUGUUAUUUUAUUGAUGUGUUGAUAGAUCAAGCUUUAAAUAAUCCAGAACAAGCUCGCUUUAUAAAUCGGGAUUUAAUCAAUCAGUAUAGAGGUUUUGGUGGGGUAAGAAUUGAAGAUGAUAUAGCUAUAACAGCAGAUGGGAUGGAAAUGUUAACAUGUGUACCGAGAACUGUUGAAGAAAUAGAGGCAGCCAUGACAGAAGGUAGAGGCAACCAACAACCAUUACCACAGGAGGUUAAACAGUGAGACAUUGAUAAAUUCCUGGGACCACUACUUUCACUUUCUCACAUAGGUGUUACUAUAUAUAGCCUUAAAUAAUUUAUUGGAUUAGUAUGUCUUCCCUGAUUGUAUGAAAUUAUAAGCAAUAUCAAAUAAUCAAAAUAUGAUUCAUGUUUUAAAAUUUCACUAAUACUUUCUAUGAAAUUGAGGAUUGCUUUGUAAAACUUCAAACAUGCCUUUGAUCAAAUGAAAAUUUGUAUAUAUUGAUCUCACGAAGUGAACUUAUUUCAAUAGAUGUUUCUCCUUCACAUGUAUUAUAAUAUUGGAUCUUUUUCUGUUCAUGAAAUCUUCUUCUAUUUGCUCAAUGAUUUUGUCUUUAAUCUGAUCACUAAUUUGUAUUUUAUUUGAUUAUAACUUUGAGAUUGUGAUUUCAUUUCUUUUGAUGUCCAUUUAUCAUGAAGUGAAUAUUGUCAUAAACUGGACACAUCUAAUCAUACCUUCAGAACAUUAGUAGAAAAUAAAGUCUAUUCUUUGAU